AUGUUUACCAAGAAAUCUCACCAGGAUGUUAAGAAAUCCACAGUUAAAAUACAAGACUCGAAAAAGGAUUCAGCAACCCGAUUAAAACACUUAAAAAUCGUUUUAGAACAUUUUGACACCGAUGAAGCAAAAAAUUACUUUGAAGGCAACUUCAGUCAUGUAUACUUCAUAUUAUAUGACAACUUCAUCCAGGCUGAAAAUAAUUUACGACAACGAGUACAUAAGGCGGGCAGGGAGGAGCUAGAGGGGGCAUUGUCCCUUCUAGACAAAGUAUUAUGCCUUCUGCCGGAGCUGAUCGGAAAGAGAUGGCAGUUACACUCAUUGACGAGAAUAUUUUCGAAACUCCUCCAUAGCGGGAACUCGCAAAAACUAAGAGCAGAGGCUAUAAGAUACUUCCUGCUGUGGUAUCAGGCGCUUGGUGACAAUGCUCCGAAUGAAGUACAUAAAAUGUUCGCCACUCUCGUGCCCGGCAUGCCUGAACCCACCCUAAUGCCAAUCGGAUCUCCUCUGAAACCAAACAUUACGGCAAACGAAACACAUGGUUCUGGGGACUUCAGUAUAGAGGAUAUAAUGCACCAUCCAAACUUCAACUCCGCAGUAGACAAUGCUAAGAAAGUCGUCGUCGAACAAACUCCUACAGGCAUUAUGGGGAAGAUAGCCAAUGUAUCAGCUUCAAUAUUCCACGACACCAACGCCCUAAACCCAGUCCAAAGUGUAGAGAUCCAACCGCUCCUACCACCAAGUGCCAACGAAAAAGCCGUUGACAAUGAAACGAAAUACUUCUUCGAUAUACUCCUCGACGGAAUGGCGACGUCAGUCACGAAGAUCCAGUGGAGGGACAGAUGUCACACGAAGGCAAUGAGAUGUUUCGCAUUUCUAUUGGAGAAAUUUAAGAUUUAUUAUUUGCCUGUUAUCUGUCCGCAGUUUAAUGUCAAAAAUUCGUUGUAUAAACCUAAUUUAGAACUACCAGUCCAACACAACAUACUAGAAGACGACUAUGUGCUAUGCAGAGUAACAUUAAUCAAAUGGGUGGCAAGUUACGCGCAUUUCAUGAAGAAGCAAGGAAGUGACGGUGGUCAGCCAUCGUCCAUGACGAGCACUGGAUCUCACAUGCCUCACUCGAAUACUCCUACGCCAGCGACAUCCCUACAUCAUGAAGAAGAAACCUCGUUUACUGUUGGACAUCCCUCAGAUUCCAGUAGAGCAUCGUCUCAUGAUUCCGCGUCUAACACACCGCAUCCUAGCUUGGAGUCAGGUUCCGGUGUAUUUGAAGAGUUGAGUUCGGAGCUAGUAGUGCGUGACGUGCUAUGUUGUUCGUCGCGGGAACAUGUUGACUUCACUAUAGAAGUACUGAGACAAGCCUUCCUACUGCCUUUCUCACACGCCGCCGCUGUCAGACGCGUCAUCGCUUUGUAUAAGGAUUGGAUACAGAUGAACGUGGCAGAAAUGCCCCCGUUCCUUAUGGAGAAUACGUUCGAGCAGCAAGGUGCUGGGGAACCGGCCAUACCGCCGCGACGUCUGCGCAACGACUCCUACCUCGGGGCUGUGGGACGCGACAAUAUUAUGGUUCGGGCUGGGUUGCAGAAUGUGUUACAAAUAUUUAUGACGCAAGCGGCGAACGUGUUCCUAGCGUCCGCGUCGCCGGUGGCGCCCCCUGGGGCACUCAACCAACAACAGUUGCUGGAGGAACAGACGGACACGUGCAAGAGAGUGCUCAAUAUAUACAGAUACAUGGUCAUGCAUGUCGCUAUGGAUGCUAAUACUUGGGAGCAGUUACUACUGGUGCUAUUGCAGAUAACGUCAUUGGUGCUUACAAAAGUACCGCCGAAACGAAAGCAGGAGUCUUUAGGAGGGUUUCUGGCACCGGCUCUGUUUCAGACUCUAAUAGUAACAUGGAUUAAGGCGAAUUUGAACGUAGCGGUGAAACCCGAGCUAUGGCAGAACUUUAUGGAAUUACUAACGAGGCUUACGCACUGGGAGGAUCUUAUCAAGGAAUGGGCGAAAACCAUGGAGACGUUGACCCGCGUGCUAGCGCGGCACGUGUACUCGCUGGACCUGUCGGAGAGCUCGGCGGAGCGCGGGCGUGGCGGGCGGCGCCUGCCCCCCGCGCCCGCGCCGCCCCGCCCCGCCCUCGCACACCACGCCGCCAUAGCACUCUCCACGCACACCACACGGACGCCUGGAAAAUCACCGAAAUCAGGCCAUGAACCGCAUCCCCGCAAAGAGACAGGCAGCACACGACGACAACUCACCAGGAGUCGCAGUGACCCGCAUUUAGGCAAACAGAGUCAGGCGCAUUCAGAAACCAAAGAACCAACCAGCGAUAAGACAAGGAGAUGGUAUUCUUUAGAUUCUUUACGAAACUCAUCGCAACACGAAGAGAGAGAUUCAGCCAGUGGGUCACGGUCACCGUCUCCCGCUCCUUCAAGUGGCGUAGAAAGCAGUUCCAUCAAAGAUUCUCCCUUGCAAAUAGACUUGGCGUCAGACGGCGGUAAUGUCGUAGGUUCAUUGGAUAUCGGUCUGCCAGAAUGGACGGAGAACGAGUCGGGGGAGUCGUUAGGGGGUGCGAGCGGUGGGGAGGGGGUGGGGGUGGUGAUGGGGGGCCGGGCUCGGGGCUGGCUGCCCGACGUGGCGGCCGUGCUGUGGCGGCGCAUGCUGGCCGCGCUCGGCGACCCCAACCUACUGCGGGACCCGCACGCUCACGCCAACCUCUACAGUUACCUCAUACAUCUCAACAGUACGCUGCUCAAGAUAAGUGCGAACCAGACGCUCAAUGGAAACACGGAGAUCCACGUACCGUUCAACUUGGUGGCGGGCUGGUGCCUCGAGGCGGAGGCAUUGCCUCCAUCACACAGGGCCGGUAAACUCCUGGCACUGCGUUUACUAUGCGAGUCGACGCAGGCGCAGGGCCCGGGCGCGCCCUCCUCCUGCAACAACCGCCUGCAUCUCGCACACCUACACCUGUACCAACGAGCUCUUCAUCAUGGUCUGACCGGAGAGGAUCGCUCAGUGGUAGACGUGUUGGUGGAGCACGCAGCGCCUCGCUACCUGUCUCUGGCACUGGACGGGUACUCGUUACUGCUACUGGACUUCGUGCACGCCUCCACUGUCGUACUUAAUUCUUCGGAUAUGGGACCUUCGUGUCCACGUACAGCGGCGGUGACGUUCCUCGGCUCGCUACUGUCACUGCCGGACGGUCUGAUGAACGCGCCCAUGUUACAACCCUACCCCCACCAGUACAACACCGUGUCCUGUCCUGACCUCAAGGAGCACGUGCUGAACAUAGUGGUGCGCGUAUGUCGGCGCGAGGGCGGCGCGGCGGCGCGCUGCGCGGGCGCGUGCGCACUCACCGCGCACGUGUGCCACCUACUGGCCACGCGCGCCGCCGCGCCGCGCCUGCCUGCAUACGUCACCUGCUUGCUGCAGAUGCUUAUGAUGAAGAACAAGAACAUAGCGAAGGUGGUGAGUGACUGUGUUCUGGCUCUCGCUGACUACACUGACAGAAUCGUCGAGCUCUAUCCUGGACUAGCUGGUAAAAUCAUCAAGUGGAUAUGCGCAUGUUUAGCGCAGAUCUCACCGAGUAGUUCGAGAGACUCAGUGAAGCCUUUAGCUGGUUCCUUAUUGCUGUGCCUAGCUGAGUUCGCAGUGAGAUGUGGACCUACCUAUUUGAUGCAGGAGAAGGAUGGAGACCAAACACUGUUGCUUAUGAUAUUUAAGGUACUAUACGCUGUGAUGAAAGGCACUAAUGGAUCUGAUAUAGAAGGCCUGUCGCUCCCCGUCGACGAGGACUUCGACCCAAACAUACAGCUGGACAAUCUGGGACCAAAGACUACGCCCGCCUCUACGAUAGACGUCAAACUAUGGGCGCAAACGAUAUGCACACAACUAGUGUUAUUCCUGGGUCACUGGCCACUAUGGAACGGAUGGCAAGUGUCGUCGUCAGUGUGUGAACAACACGACAGCCCGGCGCUGGGCGGCGAGCUCGGGCCCGCCGUGCUGACCGCGCCGCAUGUACAGAUGUUGCGGCUCAGUGACUCGACCCUCGCCUCCUUUAUUGAACUGCCUGCGUUGGACAUGCCUGCCGCUACUACGCCUGGUCUAAUGACAUCGGACAAACAAGCGCGCGUGUUGCUCCGCGACAUAGCGGGCAAGGCGUGCUGGGACGCGUCGGCGCUGUACUACGACCCUUCUGUCACCUCUACAGAGACUAUACAACCGCUGGAAUUACCGGACACUGACGAAUGUCCAAGAGACAACACGCUAUCGUCCCUCCCGCCGCCGCUACCUCCAGACUUGCUACCGGACUACAAGAACUGUCCGCCGGAUAAACACCAACUUGAUCAUGUACUGGCAUACAUCGGUCACACAUCACCAGAAGUAGUAUGCGGGCGCAGACUGGACGAGGCCGGGCCCUCCCCCCUACCGCCGGGGGCUGAGGACGAACUAGUGGCCACGCUGGUAGCACACCGGAAUAGUGAACGACAUUACUUGGCUACUAGGGACAGUACAUCGUGUAGCUACGAAGAAGACGAGGCGCCGCAGUGUAGCGCGGCAGUGAGCGCGCGGCCUUUCGGCGUGUGUCGGGCGCUGGCCGCGCAGCUCGGGACUCUGGCGCCCGCGCGCAGGACGCACGCGCAUCUACUGCGCCGCACUGACAGGCUGCUUCGAGACCUCAGGAACUUGGACGCGCAGAGAUGUCGUGAAACGCACAAAGUAGCGGUGAUAUACGUCGGUAAAGGGCAAGAGAACCGCAACGAGAUCCUCUCCAAUAGAUGCGGUAGUCCUGCUUACGAAGCAUUCCUUGCUGCACUGGCGUGGGAGGUUGAGUUAGAGAGUCACGUGGGCUUCACAGGCGGGCUGCGUGGCGGCGGAGGCGGCGGAGUGAGCGCGCCUUACGUGGCCACGCUCACUCUCGAAGCGUUGUUCCACGUCGCCACUAGAAUGCCCGCCGACACGUCCGAUGCUAUCCUCAAUAAGACACGUCACCUGGGUAACGACGAGGUGCACGUGGUAUGGAGCGAGCACUGGCGGCCGUACAAGCGUGAUACAUUGCCCACUCAGUUCUGUGACGUACUCAUUGUACUCUACCCAUUGCCUGGAGGACUGCUGCGGUGUACUGUGUCUAGGAAACCUGAUGUGUGCGUGUUCGGUCCGCUGUGGGAGGAGAUGGUGGUGCGCGUGUCGUGCGCGGGCGCGCUGGUGCGCGCGGCGGCGUGCUGCGGCGGGCGGGCCGUGCGCGCCACCAUGGCGCUGUACCAGCACGCCUACACCGAGCGCGCGCGCGAGCUGGCCGCGCUCGUGGCCGCGCACUCGCUGCCCUCUACCUUCGAGGCCUUCGUGGAGCGCAUGCGCGACCCCGUGCCCGCUGCCCCGCCCGCCCCGCACGAUCAAGGCACGGGUCGACUUGCCGCAGCCUUGCUGGAUCACGGCGCUAGUGGUUGGAGUGGAGGUGGAGACAAUCAUGGCGUGUCCCCGCGGCCCUCUAAGCGUCUGGGUCCAUUCAAGCGUCCCCCUCAAACCGCGCAUCCCGCCCCCCACACGGCCCCCCCUCUGUCGGGACCGCCCCCCCUCGCCGCACCUGCCCCCGCCUCCCGCCGCAACCGGUGA